AGCAGAGGCUUUAAAUGAGGCGGAUCUGAGACCGCGACUCACACACAGACAGUGACACAGACACAGAGACAGCGAGCGCUGGGACUGACACUGACUCACUCACACACACACACAGUGGAGCAGCAACAGCAGCGGCAGCGCCCUGAUACUGACAGCCAGAGACACGAUGCAGACCCCAGGCCAGAAGCGGGGGGCUCGCUCCAACACCAGCACCCCACUCAGCCCCACCAAGAUCAGCCGCCUCCAGGAGAAGGAGGACCUGCAGAACCUGAACGACCGGCUGGCCGUCUACAUCGACAAGGUGCGCUCGCUGGAGCUGGAGAACGCCGGGCUCAGGCUCCGCAUCACCGAGACCGAUGACACCACCAGCCGAGAGGUCAGCAACAUCAAGGGCAUGUACGAGACCGAGCUGGCCGAUGCCCGCAAGACCCUGGACAACGUGGCCAAGGAGAAGGCCCGGCUGCAACUGGAGCUCGGCAAGAUCCGGGAAGAUCACGGAGAACUGAAGACCCG